UCAGAGUCCAGCUGGGACUGCCGCCUGCGUGGUUAACCGUCAGAGGAAACGCGGAUUUCAAGUUCGUGUUUUACGCGGAAAAUAGACAAAUCACCCAAAUUUUCUCAAUCUUCCAAACGACCCCAGAAUGGGACGAGAAAGUGACGCCAAAGGAGACGCGAGGCUGAAGCAGAAAGGCCUGAAACGGAAACCGCCCAGUGACCGUGAAAAUGCCGGUUCCGGUGGAGAUCUGACGAAGAAAAGGUCAACAAAGUCCAAAGAGAAGAAGAACAAUGACAGGUCUCCUGAGAAGGUCAGGGAAAUCCUGGAGCCAGUCAGCAGCUCCAGUGAUUUGGUGAAACUCGAGCUGCAGGACGACUUUACUGAGAAGAAGAAGAAGAAAGGAUUGAAAAGGAAACGUGUGAAAGACGAGCCGACAGAGGAAGCAGCUGCGGCUGAAGCUGCGGCUGAAGCUGCGGCUGAAGCUGCGGCUGAAGCUGCGUCCGUCUCAGAAAGAGGAAUCAAGUCUCUCAGUGAUGAAGAAGCAAGUGAAGAAGAAGCUCAGAAAAAAGAAUCCAAAAAGAAACCCGGAAAGACGGUCAAGAAAGAGGAAGGAGAGGAGCCAGUCACCAAAAAACCCAAAAGGUCAAAGGAGGAGAUCGAAGAAGCCAAAAUGCUGAAGAUGAAGAAGAAGGAAGAGGAGGAGCAGAGCCGCUGGAGAUGGUGGGAGGAGGACCGGUACGAAGACGGAGUGAAAUGGAAGUCCUUGGAGCACAACGGACCUUACUUCCCUCCGGAGUACCAGCCUCUUCCUGACGACGUUAACUUCUUCUACAACGGUAAGAAGAUGAAGCUGAGCCUGGCAGCAGAGGAAGUGGCGCUGUUCUUUGCCCAGAUGUUGGACCACGAAUACACAACCAAGAAGGUGUUUCGUGAGAACUUCUUCAGAGAUUGGAGGAAGGAGAUGACCCGUCAGGAGCGGUUAGUGAUCACAGAUCUGGAGAAGUGUGACUUCAGAGAACUCCACGCCUUCCAUAAAGACAAGGUGGAAGCCAGGAAGGCUCUGAGCAAAGAGGAGAAGCAGGCUCAGAAAGAUGCCAAUCAGAAGAUCGUGGAUAAAUAUGGCUACUGCCUGCUGGAUAACCACAAAGAACGCAUCGGGAAUUUUAAGUUGGAGCCUCCGGGUCUGUUCCGAGGGAGAGGAGAGCAUCCCAAGCAGGGAAUGCUGAAGAAAAGGAUUCUACCGGAAGAUAUCAUCAUCAACUGUAGCAAAGAGGCCAAGAUCCCUGCGCCCCCUGCUGGUCACCACUGGAAGGAAGUACGGCACGACAACACCGUAACGUGGCUGGCCAGCUGGACCGAGAACGUCCAGGGAUCCAUCAAGUACAUCAUGCUGAACGCCAACUCCAAACUGAAGGGAGAGAAGGACUGGGAGAAAUACGAGGUUGCUCGGAAGCUCAAGUCGUGCGUGGACAGCAUCCGGGACGGUUACCUCCGCGACCUCAAGUCCAAGCAGAUGGUGGCGAGGCAGAGAGCCGUGGCCCUGUACUUCAUAGACAAGCUCGCCCUGAGAGCGGGAAACGAGAAGGAGGAGGGCGAGACGGCGGACACGGUGGGCUGCUGCUCGCUGCGUGUCGAGCACAUCACUCUCCACGACGAGCUGGACGGCAGCGAGUGCGUGGUGGAGUUCGACUUCCUGGGGAAAGACUCCAUCCGCUACUACAACAAGGUGCCGGUCAUCAAGAAGGUUUUCAAGAAUAUUAAGCUUUUCAUGGAGAGCAAGGAUCCUGGAGACGAACUCUUCGACCGUCUAAAUACGACCCUCCUGAACAAACAUCUGAGCUCUCUGAUGCCGGGUCUGACUGCCAAGGUGUUCAGGACGUACAACGCCUCCAUCACCCUGCAGCAGCAGCUGCAGCAGCUCACCAACAAGUCUGACAACGUGGCGGAGAAGCUGCUGUCCUACAACAGAGCCAACAGAGCCGUCGCUAUUCUCUGCAACCACCAGAGGGCGCCGCCAAAAACCUUCGAACAGUCGAUGGCCAACCUGCACUCCAAGAUUGUUGCUAGAAAGGAGCAGCUGGCUCUAGCCAAGACGGAACUGAAACUGGCCAAGAAGGAAAUGAAAACCAAAGGCAGCCCGGACAGCAAGCUGCAGAGCAUGGUGGACAGGAAGGCGGCGGUGGUGAAGCGCUGUGAGGAGCAGCUGCUGAAGAUGGAGCUCCAGGCGACGGACAGAGAGGAGAACAAGCAGAUCGCCCUCGGUACCUCCAAGCUCAACUACCUGGACCCGCGGAUCAGCGUGGCCUGGUGUAAGAACAUGGACGUACCCAUAGAAAAGAUCUACAAUAAAACCCAGCGGGAGAAGUUCGCCUGGGCCAUCGACAUGACGGCGGCCGACUUUGAGUUCUAACCCGGAAC